CUGUCACUUAAAUAAAAAUAAAUAUGUCAAAAAUCCAAAAUUUAACCAAAGGGAAAGUCAGAGCAAAAAGAAAUCCUUAGAAACUCGGUAAAAAUAAAUAUAAUCCCUUGGAUUUUGUGAAUCAAUUUAUAAGCUUGAUGUAAGUGCUACAACCUGUUGAUGUUUAUGUCACAAAUAUGGUUUUAAAGGAACACAUAGAAUUGGCAAAUUUUGUCAAAAAUGUGCAUGAGGAACUUCGUGAAAACUCAAAAUUAAUUGGAAUUGAAGCUGCCUGGAACCAACACUGCCAAAAUACAGAAAAAUUAAAACAAUAUGCUGCAGCCAUGAAAGAACUAGCCACAAAUCAUUGGCAAAACUCUUCCAAAGAUGGUGAAAAUAUUUCAAGAAUUUCCUGGGUGUAUAGAGCCUGUUUGGAUUACUUUAAUAAAGAUAUUUUAGUACUUCGAAAUAAAGAGAUGGACAUCAUGAAAAAACUAAACGUAAAUGGAGAUAAUACUUUUCAAGCAAUUAUUGUGAACAACAAAUGGACAUUAUUAGAUGUUGGUAGUUGUUAUAAUCCAUUUACGGUUUUUGAAGAGUUUGUUGUUACAGCUGUAGAUAUUGCACCAGCUUUAGGCAGUGUGUUUAAAUGUGAUUUUAUUAAUGUUAAAGCGGAUCAGAAACUAAAUUCUGAAAAUAAUGAGAUUAUAGCACUCCCAAAAGACUAUUUCGACAUUAUCGUAUUCAGUUUAUUUUUAGAAUACUUACCUUCUCCAGCACAAAGAAAGCUAUGCUGUGAAAAAGCCUACAAACUUCUGGCUCCAGAAGGUAUUUUAAUAAUAAUUACACCAGAUUCAAAUCAUGUAGGGUCAAAUGCGAAAUAUAUAAAAUCGUGGAGAUUUGUUUUAGCAAAUAUGGGAUUUUCAAGGAUAAAGUACGAGAAGUUGAAACACAUUCACUGUAUGGUAUUUCGUAAGGUUCCUGUUAAAGGUAUUACCCAAAGAUGGGCUGAAAUUCACAAAGCAGAACAAGCUUUUGAUGAAAUUUAUAUUCCACAAGAUUUUAAAAAGAAACCACAACAGUCGGAUAGUUUUAAUAAUGUAAAAGAACUUACAGUAGAAGACAUAGUGACUUUAAAUAAUGAACUACCAUUUUGUGAUACAUUUGAUUAGAUUGUUCAAAACUGAGAAAGGGCAGAAUAAAUUUGAAAGCAAGGCUACCCUUGGUUUUAAAAUGUUUUAUAAUAUUGCUGGUCUGAAAUAAGAAUGACGUAACUGCAAAAAGCCAAAUUUCUCAGGAGAGCAAAAAACGAUUUUUAAAUAUUUAAAUCAUCAUUCUCUUUGCCUUAUCCCUAUGCGGGGUCGGCUUCCCUAAUUGCAUUUCUCCACACAAUUCUAUCUUGGGUCAUAUCAAUGUUAAUCCCGUUUACCAACAUGUCCUGCCUUAUCGCCUCCCCCCAGGUCUUCUUUGGUCUUCCUCUCCUACUCCUUCCAGGAAUUUGCAUUUCAGCUAUUAUUCGUAUUGGGUGAUUAACAUCUCGACAUUGAACAUGACCAAACCAUCUUAACCUAUGCUCUCAUUUUGGCAUCAAUUGGUGCCACACCUAGACUUCCCCUAAUAUACUCAUUUCUAAUUUUAUCAUUCUUUGUCGCUCCACUCAUCUAUCUCAGCAUUCUCAUUUCCGCCACAUGCAUUCGUUGUUCCUCUUUCUUUUUCACUGCCCAACAUUCAGUUCCGUACAUCAUAGCCGUUCUUAUGGCUGUUUUAUAGAAUUUUCCCUUCAGUUUCUUUGGAAUUUUUCUGUCACACAACACACCACUCGCUUCUUUCCACUUCAUCCAUCCAGCCCUAAUUCUACUGCAUGCAUCUCCAUCUAUUUCUCCAUUACUCUGUAAUACCGAUCCUAGGUACUUAAAAACUAUUGCUUUUCACAAUCAUUUCACCAUCCAAAGAUACCAUUUUAUUUGUAGUAGCUCCAUCUUUAAAUGAACAUUCCAAAUACUCUGUUUUUGUCCUACUAAGUUUUAAACCUUUUUCCUCCAGAGCUCGUCUCCACUGUUCCAGUUUUUGUUCUAAGUCUCUUUCACUAUUUCCUACUAACACGACAUCAUCAGCAUACAUUAAGCACCAUGGAAUGUUACCCUGUAGUUUUGCUGUUAUCUGGUCCAAAACUAAUGAGAAUAAAUACGGACUAAGCACAGAGCCUUGGUGCAAUCCUACUUUCACAUGAAAUUUAUCAGUCUCUCCCACAUCUGUCCUAACACUAGUCGUUACUCCCUCAUACAUAUCCCUCACAAACUUUACAUAUUCACCAGGGACUCCUUUCUUAUCGAGUGCCCACCAGAGAAUCUCUCGAGGAACUCUAUUAUAUGCUUUCUCAAGAUCAAUGAAUACCAUAUGACCAUUUGUUUCUUUACUCCUGUAUUUUCCAUCAACUGCCUUAUAAUGAAAAUUGCAUCUGUUGUUGAUCUACCCUGCAUAAAGCCAAAUUGAUUCCCGGAUAUUUCAGUCUUUUCACGUAUCUGUCUAUCAAUUUUUUAAAUAUUUAAAAUAGGGAUUAAAUGAGUAAUCGUUGAGGAGCAUCGGUAUGGCGUUUAUUCUUACAAUGAUGGCUUUUAUUUUUAUCCGUAUUGGUUCGAAUUUCGUUAUCUUAAUUUAAUCCCCCCAUUAUCAACACUUUUUACAGUUGCGUCAUUCUUCAUCUAAAAAUUUUUAAAUAUUUAAAAUAGUAAUUAACACGUUGACGGACAAAACAUCUAUACACGUCUAAUUCCCAUUGAUGUAAUGUGACACAACAUCUAUAGACGUUGCAUUUUUCCCUAUUUUACUGUGCGAAAUAUAUAUAGUGUCACAACACUUGCUUAUACAUUUGACCCACUGUCCGUCAAUGUGUUAAAUAAAGAGUAACCGUCUGGAGCAUCGGCAUGGCGUUUAUUCUUACAAUGAUGGCUUUUAGUUUCAUCCCUAUUGGUUCGAAUUUCAUUAUGUUAAUUUAAUCACCCCAUUUUCAACCCUAUCUACAGUUGUGUCAUUCUUGAUCUUAAAAUUUUUCUGUACAAACAAACUAUUUUUAAAUAUUUAGUAUGCUGUUUAUUCUUACAGCGAUGGCUUUUAUUUUCAUCCCCAUUGGUCCGAAUUUCAUUAUCUUUAUUUAGUUCCCCCAUUUGCAACCCUAUUUAGAGUUGCGUCAUUAUUCAUCUGAAACAAGGUCUAAAAUGGUGCAUAUUUCAAUACGACGCAACUACCCUGUAGCGACUCAGCACAUAGUUACAGUUCUGUUACUUUUGUAUCAUCUGUUAAACAGUAUUUUAGAAGGUAAUUAUGCAAUAAACAGUAAUUGACAAAAUUUGCAUUUACGUCAUUCCCAUUCCAGACCGGCAAUAUGAUGAGUGUCACUUAAAAUGACAAAAAUUGGAAUAAAUACCAAGAGAAAUGUAAAAAAUAUGUAAUUUAUUAUGUACAGAUAAUUUUAAUAAACAAAAUUUUAAGCAAUAA